GCGCCACUAUCGCUGCUGUCAACCACUCGAGAACAGACAGCAAUGUUGGGGAACAGCACAAGGAGAGGGAAACGUUUAUAGCGCGCGAUGCAUUUAAUAAACGUUAGACGACGUUUCAAAUCGUACGAAACGAACAGGACCUGACGAGGAUGAGGAUUCAUUUGACUCCUCGUUAUUCGGCUCGGUAGCUAUGAAAUCACAUCGAUACUCCUUGCGUUAUACACCAUUUUCUCCCUUCUACUGGUUCCGCGCGUUAUCGAUUGUUACGAACGCGCCGUCUGAUAAUGCGUUAAAUGUGCACUUCCUUUAAGCAAUAUCGCAUAUCCUCGCGUUCGUUUGCCUUAAGAAUCGAAUCGUCGCGUAACCAGGAUCAUGCGCUCCGUACUAAAUUAAUGUGUGUGCUUGUAUACUGUGCGGUAUAAAGUCUCAAAGUAUCAGGGAUUUAUGAUUCUUCACUGAGCUCCAGAUAAUUGAGAUACUAAAAAUUUAAAUAAUUUGACCGUUGUAUAUAUGAUAAAUAGAAAGGUACAUGUCCGAACAUAUCAAUAUGGAAGCAGAAGACUGAAAGGCCUAAUAGAAUGGAACCGAGGUUGCCCGUGAAAUACGACGAUUCUUAAGUUCAGGAUGGAACUCAGAAAGGGGCCCUGGUCGAAAAAGAUCUUGGUUCCGGCCUGUUUUUUGGUAAUUCUAAUCUGGAUCUUUCUAAUCGACAAUUCGUUACUUCUCGCUGGCCUGUCCGGUACACCGACCUUACAAAAAUCCAGAAAUUCUGUCUAUUCCACACAAACACACAAUCAAAAUCUGGACCAUCUCUAUAUCAAGGAAUCCUCACUGCUAAACGAUGUCGAAUCGAAACACUCAAAGCUAUCGAAACUUCAAAUGGUGUCACUUUGGACAGGCAACAGCAGCGUUAAAGGAAACUCGACUACGCCGCGAAAAUAUCAGAUCUUGAGACAGCAGGGCCUGAUGCCCAGCAAACAGUUGCCGACUGCUUUGAUAAUCGGCGUCAAGAAAGGCGGGACUAGAGCGUUACUAGAGUUUUUGCGAUUGCAUCCAGCGAUUCGCGCUGCUGGAUCCGAGGUGCACUUCUUCGACCAUCAUUACGUUAAAGGAUUUCAUUGGUACAGACACCGAAUGCCCCCGACCUUAUCCACGCAAAUCACAAUGGAGAAAACCCCGUCUUACUUCGUGACCAGCGAAGUCCCUCGAAGAGUCCAGCACAUGAAUUCAGCGAUGAAAUUAAUUCUAGUUGUGAAGGACCCUGUAACCCGAGCGAUAUCCGAUUACACGCAGGUGAAGAGCAAGAGGGCGAACAUGCCGAAGUUCGAGGAUCUAGCGUUUCUGAAUGGAUCAAAGAUCGUGGACACGUCCUGGGUACCAUUGAAAAUCGGCGUGUACGCGAGACAUUUGGAAAGAUGGCUCCAGUACUUCCCCCUGUCGCAAUUUCUUUUCGUAUCCGGCGAACGAUUGAUCGUGGAUCCUGUCGCUGAGAUCACGAGGGUGCAGGAUUUCCUAGGCCUAAAGAGGGUAAUCUGCGAGAAACAUUUUUAUUUUAACGCCACGAAGGGGUUUCCCUGUUUGCUCAAGUCUGAGGAACGUCCUACUCCCCAUUGCCUUGGUAAGAACAAGGGUCGUAGCCAUCCCUACAUAGAUCCUGUAGCAAUACAACGAUUGAGAGAUUUUUAUCGUCCAUUCAACCAACGAUUCUAUCAAUUGACGGGAAUGGAUUUCGGUUGGUUGUGAGAUUCUAGGGAUAAGUAAAUACAUAUCGAAGAUAGUUAAUUAACGGAUAGUCAAUACCGCGGCUCGCGGACCUAAACUGCAUGGUCCGGGCGGGCCGUGCAAAUGGUAACGCCGGCGAACGUUGCUCACAAGCGUGCGUUCUAUAUGAAUUAUUUAUCGACUAGUCUCGCCAUAAACUCGCAUCAUGUGCACACGGAUGUCGCCAAAUUUUCGGUACUCCAUCAGACACAGCGCAGGUCCGUUCGCUAGCUAAUGAACGCUACGAACCAUAAUUUUUUAGACAAACUCUUGGCUUCCAUCAUUGUAAAACAUCCGUCUCACCGUCCGAAACUUGGUACAUCCUAUUGACCAAUGAAUAUUAGAGAUAAGCAAUGCGGAAACGUAAGCAUCACUUAUAGGAUAUAGUAAUUCCGGGUAAGAUGGCCCUAAAAGUUCCGUAUACGUUACAAGCAAGUUCCAAUUUCCAGCUUUUGGAAGCGGUAUAAUGAACGUUGCUCGAGAGUCUCUCGUUUCCAUUGAGAAAUUAGGUGAUUUCUGCUAAAUGAUAUCAAUUGAAACUCUAGUAUGUAAUUUUCGAAUCAGAGAAUAUAGGAAAGAAAUUGCUAAGACAAGCUCGAACGUGAUUAAACUAUGACGUGACGAACGAUGAUGGGUCGUCUCACUCGGAUCAUCUGGGUUAGAUGGCCUUACGAAUAGAGUCCUUUUUAACGAAGAAAUCUGUGGAUUAUCUAUUCACUUUGUCUUAAUAUCAUAAUUUCGUAUCUACUUCUCCGAAUAUAUUUACUUAUUGCACAUAUCGAUUGAUGCAACGUACUGACGUUUUUAAGAAAGAUGGGCCAUCACUCCCCAAUUUACCCUAAUAGAGAACUUAAAGAUAUAGACAGUUAGGCACAAUUCAAUGAGUGAAAAGGUCCGGCUUGAACGGUCAAGCUGCGCACUGUCGAGUAACUAUUAUUACUGGUAGCACGAAGAAUUCGUUGUCGCGAGAUAUUUCCAAACUUUGAAGAUUAUUAUCGUGAAUUUUCGUGAUACGUACGUCGAUCAGUUGACACUAGAAAGUAAUUAUCGAGAAGAAAGGGAAGGCGGGUGCUGAUGUUUUAUCGUUAAUUUCCAUUUGCUCUUGCGUGACUUGGAACGCAAGAGACGAUAUCCUUGUUUUAAUGUGUUGACAAUAUUCCAACGAAUUCCUGUUCUUCUUCGUGAUAUUACCGCUAGACACGCGACUAUUACUAAUUAUACGAAUGAUUUUUGGUACACAUAUCAUGCUAUAUUUUAUAUACACGAUAUUAUAAGGCAACAAUAUGGGCGAUCGUUUAUCUUUCGUGGAAGUAGCGACUAGGUUUUAAUUAUAUCUUCCAGUUAGACGACUUUGUAGUUUCUGAUGUAUAUUUUUUAAUUAGCGUACACAUGAUUUCACGAUUGAAGAGGCUCCGAUAUUUUAUUGCCGAUUGACGUUGGUGAUCGCGUCAAUUUUUGAUUGUUACCAGAGUCGGCUACAGUUCAAAAUAUUUUAAAUGUUUGAUCCUUAAGUUGCCGAUGUUUUAUAGUUGCGAUUAAACCUGAGAUAUUAAAUUAAAGAUUUAACGUUUUGUACAUUUCAAGAGCAAACUGUGCGAGUAAGCUUAAACUCUAUUUUAUUUGAGAGUAGCAAGAACUUGUUUUCUAACUAUAGUACACAAUUUCAACGAGCAUAGUUCGAUUAAGAGAUACCGUUAUUAAUAACGUCAAUUAGACAGUUUCAACGAUAAAAGUUAUUUAAAAGUUUGUAUAAUCUAUACGAGAAGAAGAUAACGAUUAAUUUCGAUACGUGCAGAUAGGCACAAGCUUGCAUGGACUGCAGAGCCUAAAUAAUCCAUGUAUUAUAUAUUUUGCAAAGGUGCACGCGCAUUCGCACAAUGUAAACGCGAGAGUAUGUACAAAUGCAAUCGUAGCGUUAAGUGAACUUCAAUUGAUUACUAAUCACCGAUAGUUGUUAAUUAUUAGAGUUUAUUCCCGAAGAAACCGCAUGUUCUUCGCCUUCCAACGACGAGGGCGCGUUUAAACGAUUAGAAGUUUAAGCGAUCAUUGACUCGAAUUCUCGAAUAAUAUAGUUAAGUAUACAUUAAGUUACGUUUUUUGCUCAAGUGGCCUGAUUGAUCCGAGAGAAAUGGAUCUAUAAAUAAAUAAUAAUUUAACGGAGUACAGUAUACAUAUAUAUACACAGGUGCGUAAUGUAUACUUACGAUCGGCGUUCAUUUAAGUUUAUACAAUUGAUUCACACUCUGUUGUUUACUGUUUGUUGUCUACUCAAUAUUUUAUUAUCAAAUGCUGUUAUUCAUAUACUAACUUCGUCGUUUCGUAUUAUAAGUAAUUCGUUGCGGCAGGAGGCAUGGUACGAAAUGGUUCCAUAAUCGUCGUUUCUGUUGACGAGCACUUUACACAGCACUAUAGGCACACGUCGGCUAUUGUGUAUCCUACUUGCAGGACAAAAACCUAAUUGUCUGUAGCGGAUCCUGUACAAAACACGUGCAACAGGGGUCGGAAAUAAAUUUAUGUUUUUAAGAAACGUU